AUGACAAAGCUCAGCGCUCAGGUCAAAGGUUCUCUAAACACCACCACUCCUGGAAUACAGAUAUGGAGGAUAGAAGCCAUGCAGAUGGUGCCUGUCCCCAGCAACUCCUUUGGAAGCUUCUUUGAUGGAGAUUGCUACGUGGUCCUGGCUAUCCAUAAGACAGGGAACUCUUUCUCUUAUGACAUUCAUUACUGGUUGGGCCAGGAAUCAUCCCCAGAUGAGCAGGGCGCAGCUGCUAUUUAUACCACCCAGAUGGAUGACUACCUUAAGGGCCGGGCCGUCCAGCAUAGAGAGGUUCAGGGCCAUGAGAGCGACACCUUCAGGGCCUACUUCAAGCAAGGACUUGUGAUACGGAAAGGAGGGGUGGCCUCUGGCUUUAAGCAUGUGGAAACCAACUCAUAUGAUAUUCAACGUCUGCUACAUGUCAAGGGCAAGAGGAAUGUGGUGGCUGGAGAGGUGGAGAUGUCAUGGACGAGUUUCAACCGAGGGGAUGUUUUCCUUCUGGACCUAGGCAAGCUCAUCAUACAAUGGAAUGGCCCUGAGAGCAAUCGCAUGGAGAGGAUCAAGGGUAUGAAUCUGGCAAAGGAGAUCCGGGACCAGGAACGGGGUGGCAGGGCACAGGUUGGAAUAGUGGAGGGCGAUCAGGAGGCCGAAUCACCUGAGCUAAUGGAAGUGAUGAAGUAUCUGCUUGGCCAGAGAAAGGGACUGAAGGAAGCCAUCCCUGACACUGUGGUGGAGCCAGUCCUCAAGGCUACCCUGAAACUCUACCAUGUGUCUGACUCAGAGGGCAAAUUGGUGCUGAGAGAAGUGGCAACUCGUCCUCUCACUCAAGACCUACUGAACCAUGAGGACUGCUAUAUCCUAGACCAGGGAGGUGUGAAGAUCUAUGUGUGGAAGGGGAAAGGAGCAAAUGCUGAGGAGAAGAAAGGGGCCAUGAACCAAGCUCUGAACUUCAUCAAGGCCAAAAACUACCCAGACAGCACCCAGGUGGAGGUACAGAAUGAUGGUGCAGAGUCAGCCGUCUUCAAACAGCUUUUCCAGAAGUGGACAGUACCCAACCAAACUUCUGGCCUUGGCAAAACCCACAGUGUGGGCUCUGUGGCCAAAGUGGAACAAGUGAAGUUUGAUGCAGCAUCUUUGCAUGUCAAGCCUCAAGUGGCUGCCCAGCAGAGGAUGGUAGAUGAUGGAAGUGGGGAGGUCCAGGUAUGGAGGAUUGAGAACCUGGAGCUGGUGCCAGUGGAACCUCGGUGGCUGGGGCACUUCUUCGGUGGGGACUGUUACCUGCUUCUCUACACCUACCUAGUCCAUGAAAAGAAGAACUAUCUACUCUACAUAUGGCAGGGCAGCUCUGCUAGUCAGGAUGAGAUUGCAGCCUCAGCAUAUCAAGCCGUCAUCUUGGACCAGAUGUACAAUGGUGAGCCUGUCCAGAUUCGGGUGCCCAUGGGCAAGGAACCCCCUCAUCUCAUGGCCAUCUUCAAAGGACGCAUGGUGGUCUACCAGGGGGGCACUUCCCGGUCAGGAAACACUGAGCCUGUACCUUCUACCAGGCUGUUCCAAGUUAGAGGAACUGAUGAUAAGAACACCAAAGCCUUUGAAGUGACUGCCUGGGCUAGUUCCCUCAACUCCAAUGAUGUUUUCAUCCUCAAGACACAAUCUUGUUGCUACCUGUGGUGUGGGAAGGGCUGUAGCGGAGACGAACGGGAGAUGGCGAAGAGUGUGUCAGACAUCAUCUCUCGAACGGAGAAGCAGGUGGUGAUAGAGGGGCAGGAACCAGCAAACUUUUGGCUUGCUCUGGGUGGAAAGGCACCCUACGCUAACAGCAAGAGACUACAGGAGGAAACUCUUUCCAUCACUCCUCGUCUUUUUGAGUGCUCCAACAAGACAGGCCGCUUCUUGGCCACAGAAAUUCCCGAUUUUAAUCAGGAUGAUCUGGAAGAAGAUGAUGUGUUUCUGCUGGAUAUCUGGGACGAGGUUUUUUUCUGGAUUGGGAUGUACGCCAAUGAGACAGAGAAGAAAGAGGCGGCCAUCAUGGCACAGGAGUACCUGAAGACACACCCCAGUGGACGUGAUCCCGAGACACCCAUUGUGGUGGUGAAGCAGGGAUACGAGCCCCCCACUUUCACGGGGUGGUUCAUGGCCUGGGAUCCUUUCAAGUGGGAUAACACCAAAUCUUACGAAGACAUGAAGGCAGAACUGGGAAACAGAAACAGCCUGAGCCAGAUCGCAGCUGAGAUAACCAAUCCUAAACCAGCUGUGUUCACCGCUGACACUAACCUUACUUCUGGACAUUUGCCUACUUUCCCACUGGAGAUGCUUGUGAACAAACCUGCAGAAGAGCUACCUAAGGGUGUGGAUCCUAGUAGGAAGGAAGUACACUUGUCUGGGGAAGACUUUAUUCGGGUCUUCGGGAUGUCUCCAAAUGCCUUUUCUGCCCUGCCACUGUGGAAACAACAGAAUCUGAAGAAGGAGAAAGGGUUGUUUUGA